AUGCCAACUGAACCCCAGCAGCUGAACUUGAGUUUUUCGCUAAAUUUCAGGUGUCAAGCGACAGCCGAAUUCAAAAAACAGAAGGCAAUACCGCCCAGACCUCCAUCAACCCAGGAGAUUACAUCGCAGACCACAGUGGUCCUCUUUGGUCCGACUUCUUCGCAAGGCGACGACGACUACAACUAUUCCUCUUCCUUCCCCAUUGACUCUGAGGACAAUCAGUCCACGGAUAUUCCAGGUGUCAAACAUUCCUCUCGUAGCUCCACCACUACCACCACUCAGCCAGCUUCGGCCUCCAGGGUGUACCUGCAUGUGACGAGGUCCGAAUCGCUGAUCAACUUCUUCUCCGAGGGGGAGGAGACGGCCCUGGAAGAGAUUCCUGAGGUGGAUCUAUGUGAGGCCUCCCUAGUCCUGCCUCUGCCACCUAACACGAGCCUGCCCUCGGCAAGCUCGGAGAUCACGGAGCUGUUGCCCACUGUGGAGACCGCC